AUGGAGGAGUUUAAAGAUGUGUUUCCAGAAGAACUUCCACAAGGGUUACCACCUUUGAGAGGGAUUGAGCAUGCUAUAGACUUGGUUCCAGGAGCUCCUCUACCUAACAAGCCAGCUUAUAGGUGUGAUCCAAGUGCUUCAAGGGAAUUACAAAGACAAAUUGAGGAGUUGAUUGAAAGAGGGUAUGUGAGAGAAAGUAUGAGUCCAUGUGCGGUUCCUGCUUUACUUGUGCCAAAGAAAGAUGGAACAUGGAGGAUGUGUAUUGAUAGUAGGGCUGUGAAUAACAUCACUGUGAAGUAUAGGUUUCCUAUGCCUAGAUUGGAGGACAUGCUUGAUGAGCUUAAUGGAGCUUCGGUUUUUUCGAAGAUUGAUCUUAGGAGUGGAUAUCAUCAGAUGAGGAUUAGAGAAGGGGAUGAGUGGAAAACAGCAUUCAAGACUAAGCAAGGUCUUUAUGAGUGGAUGGUGAUGCCCUUUGGGUUAUGCAAUGCCCCAAGUUCUUUCAUGAGACUCAUGAAUGAGUGUCGAAAGAAGGUGUACAUGUGGAUCCUUCAAAAAGUCCAAGCAAUUUCUUCAUGGAAAGCUCCUACUAAUGCUCAUGAGUGUCGAAGCUUUCAUGCUCAAAAGGCCUUUGAAGAGGUGAAAGAGAAGCUAUGUAGUGCUCCCAUACUAGCUUUACCAGAUUUCAAUAAGCUCUUUGAGGUGGAGUGUGAUGCAAGUGGAGUAGGAAUUGGUGCGGUUCUACUUCAAGAAAAGAGACCUAUUUCCUAUUUCAGUGAGAAGCUUAAUGGUGCUAAGCUAAACUACUCCAACUAUGACCGAGAGUUUUAUGCUAUUGUUCGAGCUUUGGAUCAUUGGUCACACUACUUGAGGCCUAAACCUUUCAUUCUACUUCAGAUCAUGAGAUGCACUUUCAAGAAGAUCUUACUUGUUGGCCAUGGUAGAUGCAAGAGUAUUGGGUUUGAACAUCUUAAGGAGUAUUACAAAGAUGAUGAAGAGUUUAGUUCCAUGGUUGCUGCACCUAAGGGUAUGUUUGUGCUUCAAGAUGGUUUCCUCUUCAAGGGAAACAAACUUUGUGUACCAAAGUGUGGAGUAAGAGAACUUUUGGUUCGAGAAGUUCAUGGAGGAGGCGUGGCUGGUCACUUUGGCAUACAAAAGACACUUGAUACUUUGAGUGAGAUUUCUAUUGGCCUAGCAUGA